AUGGAUAAGGAAUCCUUAUUGAAAGCGCUUGAGGGAACUCUCGAUCCCAACAAGCAUGUUAGAAAUUCAAGUGAACAAACACUACAUGUAUACGAACAACAACCUGGUUUUACUAGCUACUUGUUGGAUUUGAUAUGCGAAGAAGCAGUUCAACUUGGAACACAGAUUUCUGCAGCCAUUUUUUUCAAGAAUAGAAUUAGCAACUAUUGGGUCUUGUCUGAAUAUACUAAACAACUGUCGGCAUGUUUCAUACUGGAAAAUGAAAAAGCAACAAUUAAGGAAAAAUUGGUAACAACCUUGAUCAAAACACAUAACAUAUCCCAAGUCAAGUCUUCACUAACAACGGCGUUGAGUAGCAUUUUAAGCUAUGACAAGUGGGAUAAUAUUAUACCGCUAAUAACCCGCUUGCUUACCUCACAGGAUAAAGAUCAAAUAUUCACAGGAUUGAUAGUUCUCUACGAAUUAGUGAAAAGUUAUAGAUGGACCGGUACAGAAGCAAAGAAUUUUGUCAAUCCAGUCAUGGAAGACGUGACACAACAGGUGUUUCCCUUGAUCGAAUCCAUGGCAAACACACUCGUGGAAAGCGACAGCAGCAAUAGCGCAAGCGAUGAAAUGCUUUACCUUAUUGUAAAGACGUUUAAAAACGCAACGUAUUCGAGUUUGCCUUCAUAUUUCCAGGAUGCAAGUAAAUUGGGUCUGUGGUGCCAAAUACAACUCAUGAUUAUAAACAAACCAUUGCCCAAAGAAGUGCUAGAGGAGGACAUGGUUGAGCAACGUGUUACUAACCUCAGAGUAAAAACGGUCAAAUGGUGCUUUGCCAAUAUAAACCGUUUGAUCAAUAAGCAUGGUGGUGGAAUAUUAUCUGCAAAAAGUGACCCUGAGUUCAUAUCAGUAUUUUUGACCAACUUUGUUCCUCAGAUAUUAAAUGCUUACUGGGAAAUCAUCGAAGAUUGGGCAUCGAAAAAGAUGUGGUUGAGCCCAGUAUCCAUGUACUAUAUGAUUUCAUUUUUGGAACAAGUUAUUGAAACUCCUUGUUGGCCAUUAGUAAAAGAAAAAUUGGACGCAAUCAUUAAGCAUCUUAUACUACCAUCGCUACAAGCCAGCAAAGAGAAUAUAGAGCUAUAUGAAGAUGACCCUCUUGAAUACGUUAGACGGUUUUUUGACGUUAAUCGUGAGCAAAAAACCGGCGAUGUUGCAUCGAUCAAUUUCAUCCACAGAUUAGCAAAUAAAAAACUUAAAGAGACGAUAGCCCUUUUAUUUGGCAUAGCUAACGAUAUCUUUGUUGAAAGAAUGAAUAAUCGUGAAAACAUUGAAAGCGCUAUGAAGACAGAGGGAGCUUUGAAAAUAUUAUCAACGAUAUCUUAUAGAUUAGAUGAUCACAGCUCUACUUGCCAUGGGCAAAUAGAUAAAGUGUUGGAUACUUUUGUUACCCCGGAAUUAUUAGAGGAGCAAUCAAGUAAAACUCCGUGGCUAACUGCAAGAGCUUGUGAUACCAUUGCCAUGUUUCAAACUCAUCACUAUGAGGAUGUUGGCGUUUUACAUAACAUUUUCCAAGGCAUUAUUAGAUGUUUUCAGGACGAAUCUCAAUUCCCGAUUCAAUUGACUGCUGCCGAUGCCCUUGCUACCUUAGUUAACGAGGUACCAGUGGCAGAACAAGUAGCGUCUCAGGCGCCACAAUUAAUGGAGAACUUGUUAGAAAAAUCAAAAAAGUAUGAGAGCGAUAUUCUCACAAAUGUCAUGGACACGUUUGUGGAAAAGUUUGCUAAAAACUUGGAGCCUUACGCUGUAGAACUUGGAACAAAGUUGGCAAACCAUUUUAUUCUUAUAGGCAAUGAAAUUUUGGAGCUGCAAAGCUCAGGGCGUAUUGAUGAGGACAAAGAGUUGCAAGCGGGCGGAAUACUAAAUACGUUAACAACUUUGGUGAUAUCCAUGUCAAAUGCAAAAGAAAUCGGACAACCUUUAGAGCAAGUCUUGAGAGAAUUGAUAGUUUUUGUUAUUGAAAAUGCCAUGGUGGUAUUUUUAACUGAUGUUGUAGAAAUUUUAGAAUCUUUACUACACUUGAGGAAUGAAGUAUCCGAUAUCAUGUGGUCUAUUUUUAAGGCUGUUCUUGAAGCCUUCGACACGUAUGCUCUUGAAUACUUUGACCAGUUGCAACCCUUUUUCACAGGAAUCAUUAACAAAGGAUUCACUAAUCCACAAAUCACUAUGGAGAACCCCUUUGUUCAAUCUUUGAUAAAUGUGUGUCUUAAUGUGUUAAAAGAAGAAGAAACCGAUCUGGUUUUUGCACACUUGGCAUUUGAAGACAUUGAGUUGACUAUUUUGGCGAUGAACACAAGGAUAGCUUCCUUUAUACCAAAAGUGUUGCCGGAAAUCUUUGACAUUUACAACAAGCUAGAUGCGCAAGACGCAUUUGACGGAUGUAUGUUGCAUCGAUUAUCGUUGUUGAGGAUUUUGUUUGCCUGUGUAUACAUUGACCCGAUGGCUACUAUACAGCUUAUUUCAGCAAAGGCCUUUUUGAUUGAGUUUUUCAAACUAUGGAUACAGUAUACUGAUGAUUUCCAAAGUGUGUAUGGUUGUAAGUUGCAGUUGCUAUGCGCCAUGGCCAUAAUCAAGAGUGAUGCGAUUAAACGAAUACCAGAGGACUUGGUUGGAGAAACUGUGGAUUUGUUGCUUGGGAACCUUACAGCUUUGCCAAAUGCAAUCAAAACGAAAAAUGCCAUCUUGAUGAAUGAAACUAGUCAAAAAGAGCAGAUCAAUAAUAUCAUCGAAGAGGGUAAUGACACUGAUAAGUACGAGGAAAUCGCGGGGAUUCAAGACGAGUACGAGCUAGACGAAGCUGAAAUGGAGGCAUUGAAGGAAACUCCAAUUGACAAGAUGAAUGCAUUUGAAGAAUUUGUAGAUAUGUUCCUUUCACUAAAACAAGGAGACCCUGAAAAGUAUAAAGUUUUAUUUGACGAUUUGAACGAUAGCAAAAUAGAGCUCAUAAAUGGUUUAAUUAAAGUUACCCAGGCCCACUAA